CAGAUUGAAACUCAGGUUCCCCGACCUCCAUUUAUGAUCCAGAGGGGUUCCGCAAUAACGCAGUGAGUGAUACCAGGUUGCAUAAUGGGGAGGGACGAAGACCAACGUUGCAUGUGCUCUCCCUUCACUUAAGCCUCCUAACAAGCCUUUCGGAAUGCAUAAUUACGAUGUCGGUUUGGCCUAUGAAGCAACGGAGUGAAGAAGGAUGGAUCUUCAGUUAAGGAAGUCAAAACUUUCCACCGGACACCUGCUUUAAGAUCUUUGAGGAAGAAUGCACAGACUUCUUCGGAUUCUAGUUUUGAUAAGAAUAUGGAAAUAACAGAGAAACAUACGAAUGGCAGGCAUUUUACAAGGCAGUUGGCUAGACAACAGGCUGACAAAAAAAGAGAAGAGUGCAAAGAAGACAAAAUGAUUCCAAUUACUCGGUCAUUGAGGACUAGAAACAUUGUUCAAACUGCAAAGCACUUGCACGAAAAUGGUGAUGUUGAAGUUCGACGCAGUUGUAGGAUUAGAAGUCGGUAUAGUGCUGUUAACCAGUCCAUGUUAUUUGACAAACUUAUAACAAACACUGCUGAAGCUGUACUGCAAAAAAUGGAUGACAUGAAGAAGAUGCGCAGACAACGAAUGAGAGAACUUGAAGACUUGGGAGUGUUUAAUGAAACGGAAGAAGGCAAUCUUAAUAUGUACACAAGAGGAAAACAAAAAGAUGUUCAAAGAACUGAUGAAGAAACAACUGAUAAUCAAGAAGGCAGUGUGGAAUCAUCUGAAGAGGGUGAAGACCAAGAAGAUGAAGAUGAUGGAGAAGAUGAUGAUGACGAUGAUGAAGAAGAAGAUGAUGAUGAAGAAGAUGAAGAAGACGGAGAAGAUAACCAAAAACGAUACUACCUUAGACAGCGAAAAGCUACUGUUUACUACCAGGCUCCGUUGGAGAAACCUCGUCACCAGAGAAAACCCAACAUAUUUUAUAGUGGCCCAGCUUCUCCUGCAAGACCAAGAUACCGAUUAUCUUCUGCAGGACCAAGAAGUCCUUAUUGUAAACGAAUGAACAGGCGAAGGCAUGCAAUCCAUAGCAGCGACUCCACUUCCUCUUCCUCUUCUGAAGACGAACAGCACUUUGAGAGACGAAGGAAAAGGAGCCGUAAUAGGGCUAUCAACAGAUGCCUUCCGCUAAAUUUUCGGAAAGAUGAAUUAAAAGGCAUCUAUAAAGAUCGAAUGAAAAUCGGAGCAAGCCUUGCUGAUGUUGAUCCAAUGCAAGUAGAUUCUUCAGUACGAUUUGAUAGUGUUGGUGGUCUGUCCAAUCAUAUUGCAGCUCUAAAAGAGAUGGUGGUAUUUCCAUUACUUUAUCCAGAAGUCUUUGAAAAAUUCAAAAUUCAACCCCCCAGAGGUUGUUUGUUUUAUGGCCCACCUGGAACUGGGAAAACUCUGGUCGCUAGAGCACUUGCCAAUGAGUGCACUCAAGGGGAUAAAAGAGUGGCGUUUUUCAUGAGGAAAGGCGCUGACUGUCUGAGUAAAUGGGUAGGGGAAUCUGAAAGACAGCUGCGAUUGCUGUUUGACCAGGCAUAUCAGAUGCGCCCAUCAAUUAUUUUCUUUGACGAAAUCGAUGGCUUAGCUCCAGUACGGUCAAGCAGACAAGAUCAAAUUCACAGUUCUAUUGUUUCCACCCUGCUAGCUCUCAUGGAUGGACUGGAUAGCAGAGGAGAAAUUGUGGUCAUUGGUGCUACCAACAGGCUGGAUUCUAUAGACCCUGCUCUACGAAGGCCUGGUCGCUUUGACAGAGAAUUCCUUUUUAGCCUACCUGAUAAGGAUGCUCGAAAAGAGAUUCUAAAGAUCCAUACAAGGGAUUGGAAUCCCAGACCACUGGACAUUUUUCUAGAAGAGCUGGCAGAAAACUGUGUUGGAUACUGUGGUGCAGAUAUUAAGUCGAUAUGUGCGGAAGCGGCUUUGUGUGCUCUGCGUCGUCGCUACCCACAGAUCUACACCACUAGUGAGAAGCUGCAGUUGGAUCUCUCUUCAGUUACUAUCUCAGCCAAGGAUUUUGAAGUUGCUAUGCAAAAGAUGAUACCGGCCUCCCAGCGAGCUGUGUCAUCACCUGGGCAGGCGCUGUCCGUCAUUGUGAAGCCGCUUCUGCAAAGCACCGUUCACAAGAUCUUACAAGCCCUGCAGAGGGUGUUUCCACAUGCGGAAAUCAAAACAAAUAAGGCACUAGACUCAGAUAUUUCUUGUCCUCUCCUGGAAAGUGAGUUGGCAUACAGUGAUGAUGAUGUUCCGUCAGUGUAUGAAAGUGGGCUUUCGCAGAAAUCCUUUAAUAAAGCAAAAGAAAAUUCUAAUUUUCUUCAUUUGAAUAGAAAUGCUUGUUACCAACCUAUGUCUUUUCGACCAAGAAUAUUAAUAGUGGGAGAACCAGGAUUUGGACAGGGUUCUCAUUUGGCGCCAGCUGUCAUACAUGCUUUGGAAAAAUUCACCGUAUACACAUUAGACAUUCCUGUUCUUUUUGCGGUCAGUGCUGCAUCUCCUGAAGAAACAUGUGCCCAGGUGAUUCGUGAAGCUAAGAGAACAGCUCCAAGCAUAGUGUAUGUCCCACAUAUCCACUUGUGGUGGGAAAUAGUUGGGCCCACACUCAAAGCCACAUUUACCACAUUAUUACAGAAUAUUCCUUCUUUUGCUCCAGUUCUACUUCUUGCAACUUCUGACAAACCCCAUUCUGCUCUGCCAGAAGAGGUGCAAGAAUUGUUUAUCCAUGAUUAUGGAGAGAUUUUUAAUGUCCAAUUACCGGGUAAAGAAGAACGGACAAAAUUUUUUGAAGAUUUAAUUUUAAAACAAGCUGCUAAGCCUCCUAUAUCGAAAAAGAAAGCAGUUUUGCAGGCCUUAGAAGUACUCCCAGUAGCACCACCACCUGAGCCAAGACCAUUGACAGCAGAAGAAGUAAAGCGACUAGAGGAACAGGAAGAAGAUACCUUUAGAGAACUGAGGAUUUUCUUAAGAAAUGUUACACAUAGGCUUGCUAUUGACAAGCGAUUCCGAGUGUUUACAAAGCCUGUUGACCCUGAUGAGGUUCCAGAUUAUGUCACUGUAAUCAAGCAACCGAUGGACCUUUCAUCUGUAAUCAGUAAAAUUGACCUACACAAAUAUCUGACUGUGAAAGACUAUUUGAGGGAUAUUGAUCUCAUCUGUAGUAAUGCUUUGGAAUAUAAUCCAGAUAGAGAUCCUGGAGAUCGCCUUAUUAGGCAUAGAGCCUGUGCUUUAAGAGAUACUGCCUAUGCAAUAAUUAAAGAAGAGCUUGAUGAAGACUUUGAGCAGCUUUGUGAAGAAAUUCAGGAAUCUAGGAAGAAAAGAGGUUGUAGCUCCUCCAAAUACGCCCCAUCUUACUACCAUGUGAUGCCAAAGCAAAACUCCGCCGUUGCUGGCGAUAAAAGGUCAGAUCCAGAGCAGAACGAAAAGCUCAAGGUACCCAGCACUCCCAUAGCUUGCAGCACUCCUGCUCAGUUGAAGAGAAAAAUGCGUAAGAAGUCAAAGUGGUAUGUAGGCACCAUCACAAAGCGAAGGAGGAUUUCACAGGCAAAGGAUGACAACCAGAAUGGCCCGGAUUAUAAACUCGAGAGUGACACAGAGGAGACGCAGGACACGAGUGUAGACCAUAAUGAAACUGGAAACACAGGAGAAUCUUCAGUGGAAGAAAGUGAGAAGCAGCAAAAUGCCUCUGAAAACAAAGUCCAAUUGAGGAGCAGUAAUUCAAGGACUUGUAAUACUGAGAAUGAAUUUGGAGAGUCUGAGAACAAUACAGCAUGCACAGAACAGAGUAACAGUAAUAUUGCCUGUAAUGGAGAUAUUUCUAGUUCUCAGAAAACAGAUAUUUCUGAUGAAAAUGAAGCAAAGGAAAUGUGUGUCCUACGAAUGACUCGAGCUCGACGUUCCCAAGUAGGACAGCAGCAACUCGUGAGUGUUGAGAAAGCUCUGGCCGUUCUCGCUCAGCCUACACCCUCGCUCGUUGUGGACCAGGAGCGAUUAAAAACUCUCUUGAAGACUGUUGUUAAAAAAAGUCAAGAAUACAAUAUAUUUCAACUGGAAAAUUUGUAUGCAGUAAUCAGCCAGUGCAUUUACCAGCAUCGCAGGGACUAUGAUAAAACAGCACUUAUUCAGAAAAUGGAGCAAGAGGUAGAAAACUUCAGUUGUUCCAGAUCGUGAUGUCAUGGCAUCAGUAUUCUUUAUAUUCAGUUCCUAUUUAAUUCACUUUGUCAUACCUGCAUAACUGAUGAGAAUAAAACCCUGAAUCUUUAAGGAAAAGAUAAAUAGUAAAGCAAAAGUAUUUAAACUUUCCUGGUAUUUAUGUACAUGUGAAAGAAAAGUGACAUGUAAAAUAACUGAUAAAUAUUGGAAGUUUCCUUGAGCAAGGCACUGUAGUAAUAGUAAUAGUAGUUGAAGUUUGGCAAUCUCUUAAUAAAGUUAUUUUAAUAACUAAUGUUUCAUGGCAUCUAAGAGUGAUUAGUGACAUUGAAAUUUUCUGUAUUAAUAAGCACUUUUAAUUUGAUCCUUCCUGAAAAUAGUUAAUUGCAUUAGACUAGAAACUUACUUAACCAUUGUGGCUUUGCCAUCUUUUUUAGCUUCUCUUGCCCAUUCACUGAAAAGCCAGAGUUCAAGUCAUGAUUUGCAGGAAGGCUCCCCCCCUCCCCCAAACUGUAUCCAGCUUUAUUAAAGAUUCUUUUCAUAAACAGUCAGGUAUUUCAGCCUGCACGUGGCGAACAGUUGUUAACAGUAUACAACAACUUUUUUGAACUCAUUUCCUCAAUGGACUACCAAAAUCAGAAAACCAUUAUAAAACCCGAUGAAGUCUUCAUUUUGAUGCUCUAAACAGGAAAGUUUAGAAUGAGGGCUGACAUGUCACAUUUAACAUAUUAUUUAACAACUUUCCACGGGCAUCAGCUUUCCUGUUUUUCCCUUUGGGUACCUUCUCUCCCUUCUUUGCAGGAGCCUU